UCAACACAUUUUGCUGCUAAUGGGGAUCACGUGACGUCACGAAUGACACGUGUAUUCAAGAUGGCGGCCGCGGCGAUGGAGACGUGGUUGGCCCUGCUGCUGUUCAUGUUGCCUGGAGGAGUCCAGCCCUUUUACGUGCCUGGAGUUGCUCCUAUGAACUUCCACCAGAACAGUGCUGUGGAGAUUAAGGCCGUGAAGCUGACCAGCUCCCGGACUCAGCUUCCCUAUGAAUACUACUCCCUGCCCUUCUGUCAGCCUGAUAAAGUGGUCUACAAAGCAGAGAACCUGGGGGAGGUGUUACGCGGGGAUCGUAUUGUGAACACCCCCUACUCGGUACUCAUGACCCAGGACAGGAAGUGUAAGGUGGUUUGUGCCAAGCUGAAACUCAACGUGCAGCAGAGCAAGCUGGUGGCUGAGCGCAUCCAGGAAGAAUACUAUGUUCACCUCAUCGCAGACAACCUCCCAGUGGCCACUCGACUGGAGUUCUACCCCAACAAAGAGGCAGAGGAGGAGAAGGACGUGGUGAAGGAUGUUCAGUUUGAACACGGCUACAGACUGGGCUUCACUGAGAGCAGCAAGUUCUACCUUCACAACCACCUGUCUUUCAUCAUCUACUACCACAAGGAGAAGCUGGAGGAGGAGGAAGAGCACAACUACAGAGUUGUACGUUUUGAGGUGGUUCCCCAGAGUGUCAAGGUGGAGGACCUGAAGGCCGAUAAGGGGUUGUGUACCCUGCCUGAGGCCACUAACUCAGCUCCUCAGGAGAUUGACCCCUCCAAGGAGAAUGAGGUUCUCUUCACCUACUCUGUCCGCUGGGAGGAGAGCCAGGUGAAGUGGGCAUCUCGCUGGGACACCUACCUGACCAUGAGCGACGUGCAGAUCCACUGGUUCUCCAUCGUCAACUCAGUGGUGGUGGUCUUCUUCCUCUCUGGGAUCCUCAGUAUGAUCAUCAUCAGGACCCUGAGGAAGGACAUCGCCAACUACAACAGAGAGGAUGACAUAGAGGACACCAUGGAGGAGUCGGGCUGGAAGAAUGUCCAUGGUGACGUGUUCAGACCUCCACAGUAUCCCAUGAUCCUCAGCUCUCUGCUGGGCUCAGGCAUACAGCUCUUCUGCAUGAUUCUCAUCGUCAUCUUCGUGGCCAUGUUGGGGAUGCUGUCUCCUUCCAGUAGAGGGGCCCUGAUGACCACUUCCUGCUUUCUGUUCAUGUUCAUGGGAGUGUUCGGUGGGUACUUUGCUGGCAGACUCUACCGCACGUUGAAAGGUCAUCGGUGGAAGAAGGGUGCUUUCUGUACGGCCACUCUGUACCCGGCUGUGGUCUUCUCCAUCUGCUUCGUCCUCAACUGUUUCAUCUGGGGAGAGCACUCGUCUGGAGCUGUCCCCUUCACCACCAUGCUGGCUCUACUCUGCAUGUGGUUCGGUAUCUCCAUGCCGCUGGUCUACUUGGGCUACUACUUUGGCUUCCGCAAGCAGCCGUACGAUAACCCCGUCCGCACCAAUCAGAUCCCUCGCCAGGUGCCUGAGCAGCGCUGGUACAUGAACAAGUUUGUGGGAAUUCUGAUGGCUGGGAUUCUACCGUUUGGUGCCAUGUUCAUUGAACUCUUCUUCAUUUUCAGUGCCAUCUGGGAGAACCAGUUCUACUACCUGUUUGGUUUCCUCUUCCUGGUGUUCAUCAUCCUGGUGGUGUCCUGCUCCCAGAUUAGUAUCGUCAUGGUUUACUUCCAGCUCUGUGCGGAGGACUACCGGUGGUGGUGGAGGACCUUCCUGGUAUCAGGGGGCUCGGCCUUCUACGUUCUUGUUUACGCCAUUUUCUACUUUGUCAACAAGCUGGACAUCGUGGAGUUUAUUCCUUCCCUGUUGUACUUUGGCUACACGGCUCUCAUGGUCCUGUCCUUCUGGCUCCUUACAGGGACAAUCGGUUUUUAUGCAGCGUACAUGUUCAUACGGAAGAUCUACGCUGCCGUCAAAAUCGACUGAGUUUGUUUCUGCUGCUUUUUUUUUUUUUUUUUUUUUUGCCACAUUUUCUUGUUCGGUUUAAAUUUUUUGUCUUCUUCGUGUCCAGCAAACACUGACUUCUGUGUAUGGAAGGAAGCAUGAGGUGGGUUUUGUGGAACAGUGCCACCCACAGGCAUAGGGAGAGAACAGCAAGAGGACGCUGCCUGCUAGGUCGACGCUCCCCCCCCCCCCCCUCCGUUAUUGGUGUCCACAGAGACAGAGUUCCUCUGGGACAGUCCAUGUUUUUCCUGUGGUUCACCUUGGACACAACAUGGGCCAAAGCAUGUCAAUUGAAUUGAGUCUCUGUGUUUUAGUGUCUGCUUUUUGGGGAAGUUGGAAAAUCAAUGAAGUGCAUUGGUUCAGAACUUCACUUUGUUUUAAAAUCAGUUCUCUGUAAAGAUGUUUUAGUCUGACCUUUGUCUCGGUUUCUUUCUCGCUCUCUCUGUCUUUCGGUCUGUCUGUGUCUGUCGGUCUCUUUGUGUGUGUCUCUCUGUCUGUGUGUUAGUUAAUAAGGUUAGUUUAUUUGAGUUUAUAAUCUUUAUUCCAGAUGGUUGGGAGGUCACAUGGUGGUAAUGGCACUAAAAAUGAUUUUGUUUAGCUUGGAAAUGGAAAUCUAACAUUGGAACAAGGAUAUUACAAUAUUCUGUUUUUAUUGCGGUUUCCAUGUCCUGAUGUGACCAUUUCAACCACAACUAAAAAUCAGAAUCUAAAUGUUUUUCCAGGAGAGAAAAUACAUCUCUCACAUUGAGGUAACAGAUUGUGUAAAAUGACAUUCUCCUCCGUGCUCAAUUAAUCUGAUGUUGCUAGGGAAGUCGAGGCUUAAGGUGGUUGAAAUAUUAAAUGUUAUGGAACAAAAAAAAGUCAAUCUUGAUGGAAAAGUAGUAUUUCUCAUCUUCAAAUCACCUUUUCUAGUUUAUGACCUUUAGCCUAGCGGAAAAACGACUUGUUUUAAAACGGUUGGACACCAUUACAUUACGAGUCAAUGUAAACCGCUCCAUGGUCUCACUGAACUAUGCAUUUUUUGGGGGGUGAGAUUGAUCUUUUGUUUUGAACACCUAGUUCAGUGAGAGACACCUACUAUUCUAACAGAAGUUAUCGGUGUCUGUUAUCCCUGAGCAUCAAUGUCUCUACUAGGAUCGUCUUAGCAACACAGUUCUGUCAAUGAGCCUCUGAAUGGAGCACAGUUGUUUCCCAUAAACAACCUCUACAUUAAGGACUGUUGUGUUUCCCAUAAACAACCUCUACAUUAAGGACUGUUGUGUUUCCCAUAAACAACCUCUACAUUAAGGACUGUUGUGUUUCCCAUAAACAACCUCUACAUUAAGGACUGUUGUGCUUCCCAUAAACAACAGGCCCAAUCAGUGCUGUACAAGGUUGACAAUGUGUUUUAGAUUCAGUGGAUAGGAAUUGAGCUGGUCCUUCACUGGGUUUACUCUAUCUGGCUGUCUUUACACAAGUAGCCCACUUUUCCCCAAUUAUUGUCAAAAGAGCCUAUCUGAUUGGUCAAAUGCCAAUUAUUGGCAAAAGAGCUGAUCUGAUUGGUCAAAUGCCAAUUAUUGGCAAAAGAGCUGAUCUGAUUGGUCAAAAUGCCAAUUAUUGGCAAAGGAGCUGAUCUGAUUGGUCAAAAUACCAAUUAUUGGCAAAAGAGCUGAAUUGGCCUGCCUGUGUAAACACCGGCUCUGUUACCCAGAGUUAGAGUUUCCCACCGGGGCUUCACACCGUCUUGUAGCUGGAGUUCCUCUGAAGGUUGAGACCGAAAUGCUGAACAUUCUGCAUGUUGAAACACUGGCCCGACGCAACAGAUAGAAUGUUCCUUUUGGGGUGUUGGGGACUAAAAACAUUAAAGACCUUUCUAUCUUGGGUAUAUUUUACUCUAUGUCUCUGAUUACACCGGCAGCCCAAUUCUUUUUUUAAAAAUCUAAGAUGAUCUGAUUGGUCAAAAGAGAAGAAGAAAAAUAUAUCAGAAUUGAGCUGCCUGUGUAAACGAAGGCUAUAAAACAUUAUUCUCAGUGCCAGUUUCCCAGGCCCAGAUUAAGCCAAGACCUACAACAAAAAUGAUGAUCCAUGGACCUUUUUAAGUCCAGGAAAAGGUUUAAAUAAAAUUGAGAGCUGAGCUUUCAGGAACAUAACCUUCAGGUCAACAUUAUUACCCCACUAGAUUCUUCACCUGUUUUUUUGUUGUUGAUUAAAGAGCAUAGAAACAGUCUGGUAGAGGUGUGAUUUUCGCACAGCAGAGGGUGUUGGGAUAGAACUGCACUGGAAGAGAAAGGGAGGGAACCGGUGCUGAGGGGGAAAAGGAGGGAACCGUUGCUGAGAGAGAAAGGGAGGGAACCGUUGCUGAGAGAGAAAGGGAGGGAACCGGUGCUGAGGGGGAAAAGGAGGGAACCGGUGCUGAGAGAGAAAGGGAGGGAACCGGUGCUGAGGGGGAAAAGGAGGGAACCGGUGCUGAGGGGGAAAAGGAGGGAACCGGUGCUGAGAGGGAAAGGGAGGGAACCGGUGCUGAGGGGGAAAGGGAGGGAACCGGUGCUGAGGGGGAAAGGGAGGAACCGGUGCUGAGGGGGAAAAGGAGAGAACCGGUGCUGAGAGAGAAAGGGAGGGAACCGGUGCUGAGAGGGAAAGGGAGGGAACCGGUGCUGAGGGGGAAAAGGAGAGAACCGGUGCUGAGAGAAAGGGAUGGAACCGGGGCUGAGAGGGAAAGGGAGGGAACCGGGGCUGAGGGGGAAAAGGAGAGAACCGGUGCUGAGAGAGAAAGGGAGGGAACCGGGGCUGAGGGGGAAAAGGAGAGAACCGGUGCUGAGAGAGAAAGGGAGGGAACCGGAGCUGAGAGAGAAAGGGAGGGAACCGGGGCUGAGGGGGAAAAGGAGAGAACCGGUGCUGAGAGAGAAAGGGAGGGAACCGGGGCUGAGGGGGAAAAGGAGAGAACCGGUGCUGAGAGAGAAAGGGAGGGAACCGGAGCUGAGAGAGAAAGGGAGGGAACCGGGGCUGAGAGGGAAUUACUCCAUUCUGGGUGAAUGAUAAUACAGUGAACCACUGAAUGAAUCAUACCUCUCUGCCUCCACUCUCCCUUAACAGCUUAUCUCUGCAUCUCUCUCACAUUCACCUCUACAUUAUCCCAUCAGCCAUCUCUCUCUCUCUCACAUUCACUGCUACAUUAUCCCAUCAGCCAUCUCUCUCUCACAUUCACUGCUACAUUAUCCCAUCGGCCAUCUCUCUCUCACAUUCACCUCUACAUUAUCCCAUCAGCCAUCUCUCUCACAUUCACCUCUACAUUAUCCCAUCAGCCAUCUCUCUCUCUCUCACAUUCACCUCUACAUUAUCCCAUCAGCCAUCUCUCUCUCUCUCACAUUCACCGCUACAUUAUCCCAUCAGCCAUCUCUCUCACAUUCACCUCUACAUUAUCCCAUCGGCCAUCUCUCACAUUCACCGCUACAUUAUCCCAUCAGCCAUCUCUCUCUCUCACAUUCACCUCUACAUUAUCCCAUCAGCCAUCUCUCUCUCUCUCACAUUCACUGCUACAUUAUCCCAUCGGCCAUCUCUCUCUCACAUUCACCGCUACAUUAUCCCAUCAGCCAUCUCUCACAUUCACCGCUACAUUAUCCCAUCAGCCAUCUCUCUCUCUCACAUUCACCGCUACAUUAUCCCAUCAGCCAUCUCUCUCACAUUCACCGCUACAUUAUCCCAUCAGCCAUCUCUCUCACAUUCACCGCUACAUUAUCCCAUCAGCCAUCUCUCUCUCUCUCACAUUCACCUCUACAUUAUCCCAUCAGCCAUCUCUCUCUCAUCUCUCUCUCUCACAUUCACCUCUACAUUAUCCCAUCAGCCAUCUCUCUCUCUCACAUUCACCUCUACAUUAUCCCAUCGGCCAUCUCUCACAUUCACCUCUACAUUAUCCCAUCAGCCAUCUCUCUCUCUCACAUUCACCGCUACAUUAUCCCAUCAGCCAUCUCUCUCUCUCACAUUCACCUCUACAUUAUCCCAUCAGCCAUCUCUCUCACAUUCACCUCUACAUUAUCCCAUCAGCCUUUUCCUCCCCUCUGCCAGUGUCUGAAAGUGUUCCUGAUCCACAGACAGACUUCCUCACCUGGGCCCAACAAACAAAAUUUCAGGAGAGAAUUUCUACAGAUGUUCUUUUGAUUGACAUGAGCUGUGUAUGUGUGUGAAUGACAGUCUACUAUGUAUGUAAAUGCAAAGCGUUGUAUUGUUUUUUUUUUUCUCCUGUUGUGGGGCUCUGACUGUAUGUAUAAAGAUCAUGUCAUUGUUUUAGCCAAAAGCAUGGUUUUUAAGAAACUUUAUUUCUUUUUUUUCCCACGUUUUCUUUACAGAAUGUCCAGUUAUAUAAUGUAUGAAACAAUUAAAGUGCUGAUUCGUUGGAAUUUGAAUAA